AUGUGUCAAAAUUUACUAAAUUCGUUGAUUCUUGUUCUACUUGUCAAUUUGACGCUAUCGGCAAUAGUGCCACGUAUUCAAAAUAAUGACGUUCAGCUCGAGCCAGUUGGUGACCACAAAUAUACUCUAAAAAUUAAUGACUUUGGCGUUGUACGUGAGGAGACCGUUGAAGAGAUCGCACCUGGAGAGUUUCUUGUGAAGGGCCAGCUCAAUCAGCUGUAUUUCCCCGAGUCCGGCAGACUGAUUGUUACAUAUGAAGCCGGUCCUAAUGGCUAUGUGGCCAAGUACAGUUAUAUUAAGGAAGAAGGCGUGAUGCUGCCUGCCGUGGGCCUCAGCGCCGAUGCAUUGAAAGCUGCUGCUGGCUAAUAUUGA